ACAUCUCCAACAUCAACAUCAUCUAUUACUACGUUACUCCAGACACGACAUAAGCACCCGCCGUGGUACCGAAGCCACCCCGAGACCGUAUCAUACAAUGGAAGAAAAGGUCCCCCUCAUUCCGGACCAUACCAUAUCUUGGACGGAUCCCGAUGCGACGAUGCCUUCCCGGACAUCUCACCGCACCAGUUGGUUCCAAGUGGCAGCCAUCACGCUAUUCCUCAGUUUGUUUUGGCUAGCGACGACACGGAGUUGCCCAGGCGAGCACGAGCACGUCGGGGUGGACACCAAGGUCUCCAUGGACGUACACAUCAUGUCCAAGUGCCCGGAUGCGCGGGAUUGUUUGCAGAAGCUAGUGUUGCCCGCCAUGGCAAACGUUUCGGACAAGGUGGACUUCAGGCUGAGCAUGAUUGGCAGCCUCACAGAAGACGAUGGCGUCCAGUGCAAACACGGGCAAACAGAGUGCCUAGGCGACAUUGUCAUGCUAUGUGCUGCCUCAUCGUACCCGCACCCCAAACUCUACCUCGGAUUCACAAACUGCCUCAUUACCGACUAUCCGGAAAUACCCGCUCGCUCCCUCAUCGAAGACUGCGCACUGGAACACGGGCUGGACUUUGGCGAGCUAAAUGACUGUAUGAGUAAGGAGAGCGGCGCAUACGGAAUGGGCUUGUUGAGGGAUAGCGUAAAGCACAGUAGUGAUGUAGGCGCCGGGAUCAGCUGCACGGUGAGACUGAACGACAAGGUCAGAUGUAUAGCCGAUGGUGGCGAGUGGAAGAACUGUGAGGGCGGCGAAAAGCCUGAGGACUUGAUCAGGGAUGUUGAGAAGCUAUAUGAUGAGGCGCAGGGCCGGACAUAGUCGUACUUAUUCAUGGACUUGCAAACGGCGUUUUUCUGAUA